AUGGCGGAUACGAUGCAAACAGAUCGACGAUUAUCGCUACCCGGUACAGAACCAACAGAUCAGCAGAUGAACGCAUGUGACGAUCCUCGGAUCAUGUCCGUGAAUGAUGCGGAAUCGAUAACACGUGCGCCACGAGCAGCAGUUGUCCCAGGCCGCGACGUCGACAUGGCGAGGUCUGCAACUGCAAGCACUUUGAGCGAGGUCGGACCCCAGUGGGAACGAGAUCUCCAUCAGAACGACACAGGUGUGCCAGAAGACAUGUUUGAUCUUUCUCAAAGAGGAAAGAACAACGUAAAGAAAACAGGCAGUGUCCAGAACGAUGGUCGAAACUUCACAGACAGCACAGACGAAGUGCUCGAGGCACACACAACACCAAAACACCCACCACAUAGUCGCCCUGGGUCCAACUUCACAAACCCGACAAGGGCGUCUCUUGGUUGGCAGACCGAGAGACACCAAUUUUCGCCAUCCUCAAGAUCGCCUUGGAUCCCGGCCGGUUCUCCAUCGGUAUCAAGGCCGGGUAGUGCGAAUCAGAGCAUCUUUCUCGGCUACCUAAGCCGUACGCACAGCCAGACCGACACGAGGCCAAGGCGAAGCGAGGGCUACCACAGCCCUCCUCAUGAGCCAGAGAAAAGUCCUUCGUUGCUCUCUGAGGCUAACGACGCGGCAAUGUCUCGGGCCGAAGAGCACAGAUACAACGGACCUGGUGUGGCUGCUCUUAGUACAAGCAAUGGUGGCCAGCUAUCUGAGCUGGACGAGAUCAUUGCCGACAUCGCACGCGGAGAUAGGGAUGUAUCCAAUAAUGCCAAAAAAUCAUCUGACCUGGUGUAUGAGGACCCGCUGAACCUGAACGGGGACUUGCAUGAAGAGCUUCAGCGGGUCAAUGAAAGAUGUCGAUAUCUUGAAGAAGAUUCGGCGCUGCUGCGAGAAGACAUUGAUCUUUUGUGCACUGCCUGGUUGACGGCAUGUCUUGCAGCGUCCGUGAGCGCAGAUGCUAUAUCACACUUCCAUUUCCUUGUCACCGACUCGGAAAUAGACACAGACAGUAGAGCUGCAGCACGUGAGGAGCUCACAGCUAACGAGCUCUGCCGCUGGAUCAGUUACUUGCAGGAGGAAACUCAGAAGCCAUAUUCGGAUCCCGACCGCAAAGACGAACUGAUCACGACCUGCGACGCAACAUCAAGUACUCGUCGCGAAGUCUUGGUGGGUGACAAUGCUUCACGGCGCGGCUCGGCUGACUGGCAGAAUCUGUUCGAAAAAGAGCAGCAUCGUUUCAAGUCACUGCAAGCACAAUAUAAACAGUUCAAAGCUGAUGCUGAGCGCAUGUACCAGCCAGAUCUGGAAAGAACGUGUCGAGACUUGAAGGCCGAUCUCACCGAGGCGCAAGACCGCAAUGCCAGUCUGGCUGAUGACCUCACAAAGGCUCAAGAAGAAGCAAGGUCAUGGCAGGCCGAGAUGCAACAAUACAAAGAAGAGUUUGAACGUCGCACAGAGCAUUUCGACGAACAACUCAGGCUUCAGCACGAGGAGAUGAUCGGUUCUGUGUCCGAAUACCAAAGUAAGGUCAAUGACAGCAGGAGUUGGGACAAAGAUGGGUUGAUCCUGAAGAACAAGCGCCUCGAACACGACCAGGCUAGGCUAGCUGAAGAGCUGAGCCGCGUGUCGAGAGCCAGUGCCGGUAAGGACGAUCAUAUUGAGGAACUUUUACAUAGGCACCAUCGAGACCAAAGAAUGAUCGAAGACCUGCGGAACUCCUGCUUCACUGGCAACAUUACCGCUAUCCAGGCAAGAAGCGGUGAGUUUCAUCUCUCAGCUCAGGACGUAAUGGAAGAGUUGCGAGAGAAGCAGAGACAGCGUAGGGAGGACGAAGAUGCCCAGGACGCACUGAAGGAGAAAGUGCGCCGGCUAAGAAUGAAGGGAGCGUAUCCGCCACACACAGAUGAAUGGCAUAGGCUGUUUCAAGCACAGUGGUUGGCGAGGUGGGAUGCGGAUGGUUGCUUGGAGGACUUGACAGCUGCGGAAAGAGCGCUUUUGGAGGAGAUGGAGGGGAGAGAAAUUCGAAGCGCAAUCAAAGCUUCCAGGCACUAG